GUACCUCUCGCUCUCAGUAGGAAGAAUGUGGAAGUGAGCAGAGGCGCGCAGGGUGACAGGCUCUUAGUAAACAUAACCCCCUCCCCGUGUGCUGUCACUUUUCUCCCUCCUCUAAGCAGAUAAUCGAGAAGAGAGAUAAAGGCAGUCCGCUAGCAUUUCAGCAGCAACCUUUCAGCUUCCCGGUUGCUUUCGGACAGCUAUGGAAGCUCUAAUGCAUACUCAGCCAGCCUGGCUCCCUUUUACGCGGUGAGCCUGGGAUUCAUUCGCUGCACUGUGUGUGUGUGCGCGUCUGUGUCAGUGAAGCCCUUUCCUCAUUGCACCAAGGAAGAGGGACCUGGGAGAGGUGCGGGGGGAUUGGCAAGAUGGCAGCAGGAGCGAGAAGGUUAUGUGCUUAGAGCUGGAUCGCACCUAGGCGGAUAGAUCACUGGGACACUACGAAUGACAACGGAGAUCUGCUACGACGGGACACGCGAAGCCGCCUGUGUGAGCGGUGCUACUGGGGGAAUGCGGUAAGCAAAGAAGAAUAUCCAGCCGCUGACAGGGGCGAAUCUGUGCUCAGCGGGGCUAUGGGAAGGAUCUAAAGAAGAAGCGUAUGUUCCCUGAAUUGGGGGCCGGUGCUAGCGGCGGGGCAGGACGCUCUAGUGACACAGGCGCAAUCAUCCCCGUGCAUUGUGUGGGCUCGAACACAAAGUCCGCUUAGCUAGGGGCACCCUUGUGGCAAGAGAGUUCACACACCAUGGCAGAAGCCGUGCCUCCCCUCUCUCCGCCCGGGGACGUGGACAUAGACCCGGACUUCGAGCCGCAGAGCCGACCUCGAUCGUGCACGUGGCCCCUGCAGAGACCAGACUCCCAGGGUAGCCCGGGUAAGUCGAAUAGUGGUGCGGGGGAAGCCGGAGACUCGUCCUCUAUGAUCCCAGAAGAGGAGGAUGAUGACGACGAGGAACCUGGUACUACAGCCACUGUGCUCGGGACAGCGGGGGACAAGGGGACAGUGGUGCUACUGAGCGCCGGAGAAUCGGGACAACUGACCGUGCUGGCCUCAUCUGUUGGGGGGGUGGAAACGCUGCAGGCUUCACUUGGGGUCGGAGGAGCAGGGGGUGCCCUGAGCGGUGCAACGGGACAACAGAGGAAAUGUUCAUCCCGCAGAAAUGCCUGGGGCAACAUGUCCUACGCUGACCUUAUCACUAGGGCUAUCGAGAGCACCCAGGAUAAACGACUCACCCUAUCCCAGAUUUAUGAUUGGAUGGUCCGCUCCGUGCCCUACUUUAAGGAUAAGGGAGACAGCAACAGCUCUGCAGGCUGGAAGAAUUCAAUCCGGCAUAAUCUGUCACUACAUAGCAGGUUUAUUAGAGUUCAGAAUGAGGGCUCUGGCAAAAGCUCUUGGUGGAUGAUCAACCCUGAAGGAGGAAAAGGGGGAAAGGCACCAAGAAGACGGGCUGUUUCAAUGGACAAUAGUAACAAAUACACCAAGAGCCGUGGGAGAGCAGCAAAGAAAAAAGCAUCCUUGCAGGCAUCUGCUGAUGUUACAGAAGAUAGUCCUUCACAGCUGUCAAAGUGGCCAGGUAGUCCCACCUCACGUAGCAGUGAUGAACUUGAUGCCUGGACAGAUUUUCGAUCUCGUACAAACUCUAAUGCCAGUACUAUAAGUGGUCGUUUGUCUCCAAUUCCAGCUACCACUGAACUUGAUGAUGUUCAAGAUGAUGAUUCUCCCCUGUCCCCUAUGUUAUACAGCAGCCCAGGUAGUUUGUCCCCAUCCAUAAGUAAACCAUGCACAGUGGAAAUGCCAAGAAUAACUGAUAUGGCUGGAACUCUGAACUUAAAUGACGGAUUGUCGGAGAACCUCAUGGAUGACUUGCUGGAUGACAUUUCUCUCACUUCUUCACAGCAGCCAUCUCCCGGUGUCCUCAUGCAGAGAAGUUCCAGCUUUACAUAUGGCACUAAGGGCUCAGGCAUUGGCUCUCCAUCUAAUAAUACUUAUAACAACACUGGUAGCUUCAACUUUCCCUUGACAUCUCUACGGCAGUCUCCCAUGCAAACGAUCCAAGAGAACACGCAAGCUACAUUUUCUUCCAUGAAUCAUUAUAGUAACCAGUCCUUGCAAGAUCUGUUGAAUACAGACACUCUCAGCCACAGUGAUGUGUUAAUGACCCAGUCUGAUCCGCUCAUGUCACAAGCCAGUACUGCGGUAACUGCUCAGAAUACCAGAAGAAAUAUAAUUCUGAGAAAUGAUCCUAUGAUGUCCUUUGCAGCCCAGUCUAACCAAGGAGGAAACUUGGCUAAUCAAAACUCGCUGCACCAGCAGCAAUCUCUUAACUCUUUCCAAGGUGGCAGCCGUGCCUUGUCAAACAACUUAAGCAACACUGGUUUAAAUGACAGCAGCAGCUUGGACUCAACCAAACACCAGCAUCAGUCCUCAGUGAGUCAUUCUAUGCAAACCAUCUCAGACACGCUUUCAGGAUCCUUGUACUCCUCAGGCGUGAACCUUCCAACACUGGGACAUGAAAAGUUUCCCACUGAUUUGGACCUGGAUAUUUUCAAUGGGAGUUUGGAAUGUGAUAUGGAGACCAUAAUUCGCAAUGAUCUCAUGGAUGCAGAUGGGCUGGAUUUUAAUUUUGACACCCUCAUCUCGGCCCAGAAUGUCACUCUAUCUGUGGGCAGUUUCACUGGUGCUAAGCAGACAUCAUCACAGAGCUGGGUGCCAGGCUGAAGAAAGCCUAGGAGGACAAGAAUUGCCAGGCUUGGGAACUGACAAAACCCCUACAAACAAAACCCUUUGCCAAAACUGCUGUCAGCAAGAGGACAGUGAUACUGUUUACAGCUUAUGACCUUUUUUGUGAAACCUGCAUCAUUUUUCUCACCUUAAACAAAGACUGUUAGCAGAAUCCUCUCACACCCCAAGCAAAGGUCCUGGAUUUUUCCUUUUUCCUUUUUUUUCAAGUAUGCAAAAUUGACUACAUGGGAUGAUAAAAGUACCUGCUGUGGAGACUGUGUACUAUAUUCUCCUUUUGUGAACACUCUGUAGCCUGUUAUGCAGUGGUGUUAGUCUGUUUGCAGCUUCUAGGGUCUGCCUUGCAUUGCAUAACCCCCUGCUCUAGAGUGGUUAAUGAUAAACAUUGUGUUAACCUUUGGGGUAUGCUAUUUCAUUUUAUGUAAUACAUAUUUCUCUUAUUUCUAGCUUUCUCUGGCAGAAAUAUUCUGCUAGGCCUCAACCAUUCACAUAAGCUAACAAAUGUCUGCUGCAUCCAUCUUUUUGUCAUGCUGGAAAACACAACUGCCCAAAUGAAGACUUUCUGUGACACUAUCAUUUCCGUUUGAAACCAGUUUGUAUUGCUUUGAAAAAAAAGUGAAGACACAUCAGGGAUAAAUAUUUUGCUGACAUUGUACCUAAAUCCAUGUACACUGCUGUAUUUUACUAAGAUUUCCUUUAAGUAGUGUAAAAAAAAAAAUCCAUACUCUAUUCUCAUGCAGUUUGUUCAGGUUGUUCUUUUCCAUGAUUUUCGUCACCAAAUGCACCAUCAGAAAUACAAAUCUCCAGUCAAUCUUUUAGCUAUUUUAUAUGUUUUACUGACCUAAUUGAAAAGUACUGUACUGAGUUGUUUAGUUUGGUUUUACAUGGGUCUUCCAUAGAACAUUCAAUAUGGAUCUAUCUGCCUUACAAGGGAAAAAACCUGCCUUACGCCAACUGGAGAUAUUUUGCUUAGGGUGAUAGGUAGUGUCUGAUGAUGAACUUACAUCAUCAUAGGUGGUCAGAGUUUAUCAUAUGUGGUUUAGUGGCAGGGCAGGUUGGGGAUUGAGUGGAAUAUCAGGGUACCCAGAGGAAAAACCUUUUCCCAGAGACAAAAGGCUUUUAAGUUCUGUAGUCUCCAUCACUAAGCAUAGGACUUCACACAGGUAAUGCCACCUAAAUCCCAGAGUGAUUGCUGCCCUCUACUCUCUUAAGUAUGUUAAUAAUUUAACCCCACCCGUGUGCAAGUAAUUUGUUUCACUUCAACUCAUAAAAACCCUAUACUAGCAUACUAUAACAUGAAGGUGAAGUUAUCUAAUUUUAGAUUUUAAAAAAUCCAUUGGUGCUAAAUAUGGCCCUUAUGUACCCAUCUGCAUGUUUUGUUUUGUUUUUUCUUUUUUGUUCUUGAGGGUAAAAGGGGUUGUGAACAAAAACAAUGGUACAUUAUUAUUAUUAUUAUUAUGAUUAUUGUUAUUAUUAUGAAGUACAAAAGCUUUUAAUUUACUAAUGCAUUCAUACAGUGCUUCUCAAGAA